ACUCUACUGGAAACCGCUGGUGAUGAGAGCUUUGGUGGUAUUUAACACCUCGGCAUUGCCUCUGUUUUUCCUCUGAUUCCCUACUCACCAGCCCAGCCAGCACAGCCAGCACAAGCAAACCCAUACAUACACUCCUUUCAAUACAUCAUGCAAUUCUCCCUCUUCCUCCUCGCCGCCUGCACGGCCCUGCUGCAGCCCGUAGCCGCGCACUACCGCUUCACCAGCCUCAUCGUCGGCAGCACUGUCACCAGCGAAUACCAAUACGUCCGGCAGAACAGCAACCACAACUCUCCCGUCUCCACCACCUCCACCGACGUGCGCUGCAACGUCGGCGGCGGCUCCGGCGCGAGCACGCAGACCGCCACCGUAGCCGCGGGGUCCACCGUUGGCUUCAAGAUGGACCAAUCCAUCUACCACGCGGGCCCCAUCGUAGCGUACAUCUCGAAAGCGCCCAGUACCGCCGCAUCCUACGACGGCUCCGGCAGCUGGGCUAAGCUGUACGAGAUCGCGCCCACGAUCUCUUCCUCUGGCGUGGUAUGGAACACUGAGGGGAAAGACACGUUCUCGUGGACGCUGCCUGCCUCGCUCGCUGCAGGCGAGUAUCUCCUGCGCAUCGAGCAGGUUGCGCUGCACUCCAUGCCCGCCCAGCAUUAUGUCUCGUGCGCGCAGAUUAAGGUCACCGGUGGUGGCAGUGCCGUCCCCACCGGGAUUAGUCUCCCCGCCGGGUAUAAUGCUGCGAGCUCCAGCUUUGCGGUUAAUAUUUAUUAUCCCGUGUUGACGAGUUAUACUAUGCCUGGAGGCGCGGUUUGGAGGGGUUAGGUGGAUGGGGACGCAGACGGAGACGGAGACGGUGUGGAGGAGGGGUGGCGGUAUCAACACUCGUUAGGAUUA